AUGACUUCUGAGAUGUUUGAGCUGAAUAAAACUAUCACAGAGAAACAGUCUGAUAAGUUCAAUGUAUACAAAGACUCAGUUGAAGAUAUCAUGAGUGAGAAGACUUAUAUAAGACUAGAAAUUACAAGACUUCAAAAUUCUAUCAACAACAUGCAAGAUAAGAAUAAGAAAGACAAGGACAAAGAGAAAGACAAUGAUAAGAAUAAGAACACUGAAUUCAAAUCUGAAUGUAGAGAUAAUGAUAAAUACUCUGAGAAAUAUUCUUCAAAUUCAAAUUUCAACACCAAUAGAAACAAGGAUAAAGACAAGAAUGUGAAGAAUACAGGUGCUGCUUCUGUUCACAAUGUCAUGAAGCAAGUAUUUUGCAUCAAAGAAAAGGUCUAUAUGAGUGAUCAGACAGGAAAAGAUAUCUGA